GCAGAUUUAUUUAUUUUUGACACGACUAGUUCUCUUGGUCGCUCCAAAAAAUUCUCCCAGUUCUUCUUCUUCUAAACUGCAUAUAAACAAUAAAAUAAUAUCUUCUAAAUUCUUCUUUUACGCACUUUGGCGCACAGCAGAUCCUGACGCUCUGUAGCACUUCCUCCUGCAGGCCUGCAUGUGAAACAUUUCCAUCUUUUUCAAACCUCUCUUUGGUUCGUCCGGUCUCGGGACCGGGACCGAGAAGAGGGGAGGGGGGUGCUAAGUGGGAGUGGGGUCUCCCGGCUGCCUCUGUGCGCCCAUUGGCCGCCCUCGCCGUCCGUCAGCCGGAAGACGCGCGCUCAUUGGCUGCAGGAGGCGGAUCCGCAGGUGUCCUCCGCUCAUAGAGGCGCGGGGCGGAGAGAAGGUGAUCAAUCUCCAUCCGUCUCCAUUAGAAAUCACCUUAACACUCUGACAGACAACGACAAGCCCCCUGAAAGCAAAUGAGUUUGAUUUAUUUGGCUGUAAAAACACCCGGAACCGCACCGAGGACGCGGUGACGCCCGUGUGCUGAUAACUGCGCGUUUCUCCGUGAUGCUGCUCGGUUUGCACACUGUUGUUUUGUUUCUGAAGAAGUCUGCCGCUGUUUGAGUUUUGUGCCCUGCAGACUUCCUACUGCUGGAUAAUUUUACUGCUGCUCGCCUCUUGUGGGCCGAGAGCUCGGGAGAAGGGAAGGAGUAAAACCAGUGACUAGGAUCGGUCCCCUGUCCCGUCAAGCUGCAGCAUCGGGGGAAACCGAACCACUGGCCUGAGCUGGGUGGAGCAGUGACCGCCUGUAGCAUGAUGUCCUACCUCAAACAGCCCCCCUACGGCGUCAACGGCCUGGGGCUCAGCGGCGCUGCCAUGGACCUGCUGCACCCUUCAGUGGGCUACCCAGCCACUCCCAGGAAGCAGCGGCGGGAGCGGACAACCUUCACCCGCUCUCAGCUCGACGUCCUGGAGUCUCUGUUCGCCAAAACUCGGUACCCGGAUAUCUUCAUGCGGGAGGAGGUCGCUCUGAAAAUCAACCUGCCGGAGUCCAGAGUCCAGGUGUGGUUCAAGAACCGGAGGGCCAAGUGUCGCCAGCAGCAGCAGAGCGGCAGCAGUGCCAAAGCCAGGCCGCCCAAGAAGAAGUCUUCUCCGGCCCGGGAGAGCACCGGCUCCGAGAGCAGCGGCCAGUUCACGCCUCCUGCCGUCUCCAGUACGGGCUCAUCCUCGUCUUCAUCCUCCUCCACCAAUCACACGGGCCCGGCGGCGCUCAGCAGCACCUCUACCUCCAUCAGCACCGUCUCCUCCAUCUGGAGCCCAGCUAUCUCCCCCGGAAACGCUCCCGCUCCCGCCGUGGCCCCACUCCCCGAGCCCGGACCCCCUUCCAAUGCCUCCUGUAUGCAGCGUUCAAUGUCAGGCUCUGCCGCCGCUGCCACCUCCUACCCAAUGUCCUACAACCAGACGCCGGGCUACGGCCAGGGCUACCCCGCCCCGUCCAGCUCUUACUUCAGUGGCGUGGACUGUGGCUCCUACCUGGCCCCCAUGCACUCCCACCACCACCCCCACCAGCUCAGCCCCAUGACGGCCUCCUCCAUGUCAGGCCACCCGCACCACCACAUCAGCCAGUCGUCGGGCCACCACCACCAUCACCACCAUCACCAGGCCUACGGUGGCUCCAGCCUGGCCUUCAACUCCUCCGACUGCCUGGAUUACAAAGAGCAGACUGCAGCCUCCUCGUGGAAGCUCAACUUUAACACCACAGACUGCUUGGACUACAAAGACCAGGCCUCCUGGAGGUUCCAAGUCUUGUGAUCAGGCUUCUUUUUUUUUUUUCCUUCCCUCCCUGCUCGUCUGCUCCCUCUUCUUUUAUUUUCCAGAUUAGCAUAUUGCUUGUUUUUAAAGACAAAAAGAGUUUAUGAACCAUAAGAUGACAAGAUAGCAGCAGGAAUGCUCAACAAUCGGACUUUGUUUUUCCUCCCUCUCGUCCUCCACGUCUUUUAAAAAUUUAAAAAUAAAAAAAAAGAAGAUGAGAAACAGUCCCUCAAGUCCUGUGAAGAGAAAACAUCAGGAGCAGUUUCCCAACGAUGAAGAGUGGGUUUUUAAGACGCCUCUUCUUGGAUGAUCUUAAGAAAACCAAACUGUUUUUCAAAAAAAAAAAAAAAAAAGUCAUUUCAACCAAACUCCGUUGACCACCAGCUCUCUGGCUCUCUGGAUGGGAGGAAUAUUUUCCCCUCUGGUGCACCGACAGGAACUGCCUGCAGUGCCCCUCUUUACCUCCAACCCAAUUAAAUCCUGUAUAGUUUUUAUUUCUGAAAUUUGUUAUUUUAGGAUGACAGAGAUUUUUAGUCAGCUACGUCGAGGAGCUGAAAUAUGUAAAUAUGUAUUUGGGUCAGUUACAGUGACCAUGUUUAGUUGGUGUUUUUCCGAAUUUGAAAUUGUUUAUUACCACUUUGGGAGAAAAAAAAGAAAAAAAACCUGUAUGUAAAUCUUUCCAAAUAUUCCAAAGAGAACAAAUUGGCCAUAAAGCUCAGCUUUUAUAUACAUUGUUUUACUCAGAAAAAAAAAAAUCAGUUUUGGCAAUUUGAAAUGUCUUGGAAAACUCAAUCUAAAAUAUAGAUGCAGAACUAUUCUGGGCGUUUGUCCAGGUUUGUUUUCCGGUUAUUAUUAUUCUAGCCUACAUUUUCAAAGCAGACCUCCUCUCUUGGGCAUUGUCGUGAUAUUGGACAUGUUUGAACCGCAGCACUUGGCUUGAUAUUGGAGUCAGAGCAUUUUUAUUAUUUUUGGAGAGGAAAUGUGGAUUUAUAGCUCCAAAAUGACAGUGAGAUGUUGAAUGUAUCUUUAAGGCGACCACCCUUACAUACAUGUUCAUCCAAUAAAGAUCCGUUAAGUCAUA